ACAUGACUGAAAAAACAGUGCUGCAAGCUAGUAUACAUGUAGAUGAUGCUGAUUGUGGUGUGCUGCUUUGGAUCGGGUUUCCAUGCUGAGAAACACGAUACUGGCCAGACUGUGGCUGGAGAAGCUGGCCUGUGGUUUCCCAUUGCCCAUCCCAAUGGCCAGUGCAGGAAUUCAAGCCAUUGCUGCUGAUACCGGCCACAAAGGGGUAUCCUCCUUUGCUACGGGAGACUCUGCAUACUCACACCAGCCCCAGGGGGACAAACAAGCCUGUCUCAAACACCCCCCAAACCCCACUGUCUACUGGAAAAGAGGCACGCGGGGAAGACUGGCAGUCAUCCUUCAGACUGCCAACAAUGGAUCAAGUCAGACCUUCUCUUCAGUACCAUCAGAACGGUGCACAUAACCAAAAAGCCCUCCUUCAGCUGAGAAACCUUCCCAGGGACGUCAACAUUCCACAGUAUCACGACAUGACUUCCACGAAGAAAAGUAACGUUCGCAUUAAUGACCAACUAAUCCCAGAUCCCACUAAAAUUAAUAUAUGUGAGAAAGUGAUAACUGAUACGACCCAGAGGCACCACCCAUACCAGUCUCAUGUCUCCCAGUUCGCGAUGUUCCCCAACUUCUGCUUCCCAGUUGAUCCAGACACUGAUGUCCAAGCUGCGGCAAGAUCCCGUCUUAACCCCCUCGUCCCGGCGAGGAUUCCAAAAAUGACCGUUCUGAGCAAAACCAAGGGAGCCCCAUACCGCCAUGAGGUGCUGGAGGGGCCCUCAGACAACAGGACACACGUGCUCACAUGUCCAGAACAACAGGGCUUCCACCAUUUGAGGCCAGAUGAAGGUCAGAAGUUCUACCCGACAGCCCCAAAGGCAAUGUGCCCCAACAAAUCUCUGUGCCCUCGGGAAUUUACAUUAUGCGAACAGACUGGCAAACUUCUCCAGAACCUGGAGCGGUCAUUUCGGGUAACCUCCUACCAGAGGGACUUCACAGGAUGUGGAUCCAUGAACCCUCGGAAGCUGGAUGACUUCCAUGAGAGGACGGUCACUGGUGAGACGACCCCCUACUCGCUGCAGCUGGUGAACCGAGACUCUACCAGAACAGGUCAAGCAAGAGGAACAGGCAGCACCCAGACCACUGGUUCUGAAUCGGAACACGUGAGGAACAUACCUCCUGUCUCCAGCCGGAUGGAAUGCAGGGAUUCCCCUUACAGCAAAAAGCAGACCUAUGCAUUGGACAAUCAUUCAUUUGGCUCGAUCCAACCAGCUUCUGCUACUGCAGCUCUGGCAAGGGUUUCCAAGGCAGUGCAGGGGUCUGGGUCUGCAGCAGACCAGGAGACGUGUGGUCAGCCCUGCUCUUCUCCCAUUUCCCCCAGUAGGAGGCUAAGGAUCAGUCAUACCGGCUCCAAAUCAGUACUCCUAGACCUACAGGACUCCUUCAGCAAGACAGAAGCACAUCGUCGCUCCCACCAGGUCCUGCACAGUAGUCCCUUAGACCUUCAAGACAAUGUGUGGAAGGGGAGACAACAUUACUUCUAUGGUUUCAACUCAUACUACUUCCGCAACUGAACGACAGUAUCACACUUAUUGAUACUGAAAUAAUAAUCUGAAAGCUUGAAACCGUUAAUUGGCUUUAUCAUUCGGUGUUUGUUUCACUGAAGUAUUUGUUU